UCAUCCUAACAUACUAGUUUUUACUUAGAUUCUUCUUAACCUCAUAUAUUAUAAUUAUUAUAGAAUUAUGUUAGUUGUUUUCAUUACUUACUAAAAUAAAACUUGUAUAAAAACAUAAUAGUGGCGACGAGGAUUCGUUGAAUAAAAUUAAAGAACCAUCAUGCCAGACUCAAAUCAACGGCCACAUCAGCCUCCUCCAAACCAGCUUCCACCACAACAACAGCAGCAGUUACAGCAACAGCCUCCUAUGCAACAACGUCUUCAGCAACAGCAGCCACCUCCACAACAAAUUGCGCCACAAAAUCCACUUCAACCUAACCUCCAAAUGCCACCACCACCGCCGCAGAUUCCUCAAGAUUUCAUAUCGUUCUUCCAAGUGAUGAUGACUAAUCAAUCUGCCCUCAUGGAGCGCCUCUCGGAGAAUAUAUUUAAUAUGAAGAAGGAAAGAUCGACCGCAGAAUAUACGAUGGAGGUGCUAGCAAAAAACAUCCAAGAUUUUCAUUACGAUGAAGAGAACGGAGCCACAUUUGCACAGUGGUUCGAACGUUUCGCGACCACGUUUAAAGAAGAUGCAAGAGCGUUAACAGAGGAUGCUAAAGUUCGACUACUUUUAAGAAAGUUGGGUGCAUCAGAGUACUCCCGGUAUGUAAAUUUAAUUUUACCCAAUACACCUGCUAGUUUCGAUUUUAGUACUACAAUCGAAAAACUUAGCAAAAUAUUUGGACAAUCGGAGUCGAUCUUUAACACGCGCUUCCACUGCUUACAAAUCACAAAAAGCAGUUGUGAAGACUACACAGCUUACACUAGUAGAGUCAAUAAGAGCUGUGAGCAAUUUCAACUUGGGAAGCUGACAAGUGAGCAAUUUAAGUGCUUAAUUUUUGUCAAAGGGUUGCAUGCUUCAUGUGACUCAGAUGUCAGAACAAGAUUACUUGCAUUGCUGCAAUCAGGAGACGAAACAAAAAUUACGCUUUCGAACUUGCUAUUGGAAUGUCAGAGAAUUGCAACACUAAAGCAAGAUUCUCAAUUGCUUGAAACUGCACCACUCAAAACAAAUGCAGUUUCUUAUGGCAGAAAGAAACAGCCGAACAACAAUGCUCUACCCAUCAGUCAUCCCGCAUCAGGCAGUUCCACAUCUAUCAAGACAUUGCCGCGUACACCAUGCUGGGGAUGUGGUGGUAUGCAUUUUGCUGCAGAUUGCUCAUUCAAGAACCACCAAUGCUCAUCAUGCAAGCGUACUGGUCACAAAGAGGGUUACUGUUCUUGCUUUGCCAAAGCAAACACCAAUCAACAAUCAUCAAGACCCAAAGGCAAAUCCAACAAAAGACAACGAAAAUCAAAUGUAGUUGCAGUCAACACACUUCAAAAAGCAAAUCGCAAAUUUAUAGAAGUUCAUAUAAAUGGAUUAGCACUCAAUCUUCAAUUAGACACUGGAGCUGACGUCACAAUUCUAUCGAAGAAUAAUUGGGAGCAGUUGGGGAGCCCUAAGCUCUUUUUGGACAACAACUCAGAAUCGGUAAUUGAUGCUCAGGGUAGAAUAAUUACCAUGCUUGGUUCUUUCAUUGCAGAUGUUAAACUGGGUGAUAAAAUAGCAAAACUGUCUUGUCGUGUAGCUGACCUUCCAAAUUUAAAUCUUUUUGGAAUAAAUUGGAUAGACGAAUUUCGUCUAUGGGAUCAGCCAUUCAGUAACAUAUCCAAAAUACUCCGUUUAACAUCAACAUCAACAAUUUCUGUAGCCGUUCAUAUACAGAAGAUAAAAAAAGAAUUUGCAGACAUUUUCACUGAAGCCCUGGGUCAUUGCACUAAAUUCAGGCCAAAAUUAUACCUGAGAGAGAAUGCUACACCAAUAUAUCGAGCGAAACGACCAGUUCCGUAUGCAGCACUUCAGCAAGUCGAAGAAGAAUUGAACCGACUGGAACGAUUGGGUGUUAUAACGCCGAUAGAUUUUUCGGAGUGGGCAGCACCCAUAGUUGCCGUUCGUAAAGCCAAUGGCAAUGUAAGGAUAUGCCCCGACUACUCAACAGGCUUGAAUGAUGCUCUUCAGCCCCACCAACAUCCACUUCCACUUCCUGAAGAGAUUUUCGUGAAACAUGCUGAUGGCAAGUUUUUCACACACAUUGACUUGUCGGACGCAUACCUUCAAGUUGAAGUCGAAGAAGAAAGCAAGCAGUUCCUCACAAUCAACACCCACAGAGGCCUGUACAAGUUCAACAGACUUCCUCCUGGUGUCAAAGCAGCACCAGGAAGUUUCCAACAAGUCAUGGAUACAAUGCUUUGUCAGCUUGAAGGAGUCUCAGCGUUUAUUGAUGAUCUUCUGGUAUCCGGGAAAACUGUGGAAGAACACAUUCAGAGACUGAAGGCAGUUCUUACCAGACUACGUGAGUAUGGGUUUCAUAUAAAAAUAGAAAAAUGUUCAUUUUUCCAGACCUCACUCAAAUAUUUGGGUCAUGUUAUCACCUCUACCGGACUCAAACCGGACCCAGAUAAGUCUGCCGCCAUUGUCUCGAUGCCACCACCGCAAAAUUUGUCACAGUUGAGGUCUUUCUUGGGGGCCAUAAACUAUUAUGGCAAGUUUAUACCCGACAUCAGUAAAUUAAGUGGCCCGUUGCACGCGCUACUGAAAAAAGACAGCAAAUGGGUAUGGACAAAAGCAUGUCAAGAUGCUUUUACAAACUUCAAGAACAUCCUUUCGUCAGACCUGGGUUUAGCGCAUUACGAUCCACAACUACCAAUCAUCGUUGCAGCGGACGCAUCUAACAUGGGAAUAGGAGCAUGUAUUUCUCACCGUUUCGAAGAUGGCACCAUUAAACCUGUUUAUCAUGCAUCCCGGACACUCACAUCAACAGAACAGAACUACAGCCAGGUAGAAAAAGAAGGUCUCGCUCUUACAUUUGCAGUGAAGAAGUUUCACCGUAUGUUACUGGGACGUCACUUCACCCUUCAGACAGACCACAAACCACUUCUGUCAAUUUUUGGCUCAAAGAAGGGAGUUCCAGUGUAUACUGCCAACAGGUUGCAGCGGUGGGCGAUUACUUUGCUAAGGUAUGAUUUUUCGAUUCAAUUCAUUUCCACUAGUGACUUCGGAAACGCGGACAUUUUGUCACGGUUGAUAAGCCAACAUCCAAGGCCCAAUUCUGAAGAGUACGUCAUAGCUACUACCACUGUGGAAGAAGAAGCUUGCGCUGAUUUGAAACACACCAUUCAGCUACUACCACUUACAUUUGACAUGGUACAAAAAGCUACGUUGAACAAUUCAGAACUGAAUCGAAUAGCUAACUUCAUCAAAUCAAAGUGGCCAAACAAAAACAAUCUAUCUUCAACCGAGCUUCAGUACUUUAAUAGACGCGAAGCAUUGACACUCGUUAAUAACUGCAUCAUGUUUGGAGAUAGACUAGUUAUUCCCGAAUGUUACCGUACCAAAAUACUUCGCCAAGUACACAGAGGUCAUCCAGGUAUCCAAAACAUGAAGGCGAUAGCUAGAGGCUACAUUUACUGGCCACAGAUUGAUAAAGACAUCGAAAAUUUUGUGAAGGAAUGCUCGAGUUGUCAAUCAGCAGCAAAGUCACCAAUAAAAACAACACUUCAGUCAUGGCCUCUCGCAACGGAGCCCUGGCAGCGUAUUCAUAUUGAUUACGCAGGCCCAAUUCAGAAGGUAUAUUACUUGGUAGUAAUAGACGCUCAUUCCAAAUGGCCUGAAAUCAUAGAAACGUCAUCUACAACCUCUACAGCUACAAUCAACAUCUUGCGAGAAAUUUUUUCCAGACAUGGAUAUCCGAAAACCUUGGUAUCGGAUAAUGGAACUCAGUUUUGCAGCCACCAGUUCAAAAAUUUCUGUGAGUCAGCAGGUAUUCUUCACAUGAAAACUGCACCGUUUCAUCCCCAAUCGAACGGGCAAGCCGAAAGAUUUGUCGGCACGCUCAAACGAUCUCUUCAAAAACUUAAAGGGGAGGUAACCAUGCAGGAAGCUCUGCAACAGUUCUUAUUCAUGUAUAGGACAACUCCAAACCGCAACACGCCGAACAGUACGUCACCAGCUGAAGCAAUGUAUAACAGAAAAAUCAGAACAUCGUUGGAUCUUCUAAUUCAACCAAAGUUGAACCAGCCAGUCAUCAAUGAAAAACAAAACCUGAGUUUCAAUCGACAGUAUGGAGCAAAGCACAGAUCAUUCGCUGUAGGAGAUGCAGUUUUCGUCAAGCUGUAUCGUUCAAACAAAAGCAGGUGGAUUCCAGGUGAAAUACUGGAGAGAGUUGGAGCAGUCAACUAUAAUGUUCGCGUCAACACAAGAGAUAGACUAGUGCGGUCUCACACAAAUCAAAUUAGACCGAGAUCAUCCACACAGACGUCAUCGACACCAACAGCGCAAAUACCUCUUUCAACACUUUUGCAAGAUUUCAACAUGAAACCAAUUCCAGAACUCCAAAGUCCGGAGAUAGCCGCCAGCCAAAGUUCACAGCCUGUAGCAGUUGCCUCAGAGGAAUGUCCACAACAUAGCAGAAGACUUGAUUGGGAGCUUGGGGACAACAAUCCAAGUGGUUCGGAUCAGCGAGAAGCAAUCAUCACUCCACCGUCUAUCCAGAGACGAUCGAAUAGAAAGCGUAGAGCAACAAAGAGAUAUUCUCCUCCCUCACCACCAGCUAAAAGGGGAGGUGUUACCACCCUAAGGGUACGACAUCCCUGACCUAAGGAAUGACAGAAGACCUCACGUACCAACCCUGGACGCAGAGGGUCAUUGAGAAGGGACAGAUUCUGGCGGGAACAUAAAAUCACGGACAUUCCAUAGUUUUGCAUUCUCAU